AUGUGGCUUCGAUUGGUACUUCUGACUGUUGCUGUCAACGUUUGCGUCGUCGAACUGGCGAAAACUGGGGGGUUAAGUAAAGUGAAGCCCAAUGACGAACAUUAUAAACUAGCGCAGCUGUCUCUGAGACAAUACCUAAAGGACAGUUGUGCAGAUCAAGACUACCAGGUGAUAAAGGUGACGCGGGCUUCAGAACAAGUUGUGGCUGGAACUAACUACGUAUUGAAUUUCUUGGUGUCCGCUACGGACUGCGAUUUGGACGAGAACAGCGAGCCUUCAAACUCUGAGUGCUCUGUAGUGGAUAAAAGCGACAGCUAUCCUUGCCAGUCCAAAGUAUUCUCGCAACCUUGGAGCGAUUACACCGAAGUUACUGAAGUCAGCUGCGAUCUUGAAUAA